CAUGCGCUCAGUAUUGCCCAUAUGCGCUUGCGCCCGCUUGCACUGCCACCUUCUUACCUUCCAUAGAGUCUCAGCCCAGACAGGACUACCGAAACGUUAUCGACGCGCUCGCCAACCGGACGCCCGCUUGGGUCGUAAGGAUAGUAUCGGACGACAACUUUGGACUGCGGGGUUGCCCAAUACAAAUAUCCUUCAUUACCAAGACUGCGCGUCCGACUGCGUCCGAUUCGGCUGUUGUGGACGGGGCGAGGUCGUAGAUGUUCAUUCAAAUGAACGAGUCGACUGAGCCACGUGAGCGGUGUGCGCAUUCACAUAUAUAUACUUCCUACGUACAUAGUCGGAGUUGCCUUCUUUCCUUUCCCACGCUUAUCAUUCUUCGUUAUCGCAUUGCAUUCUAAACCUCCCACCCACCCUACUGUAUAUGUACUGCGGAC